AGGAAAGAAGUGCACAAGCUCAGAUUUUCUCUGAACACAAAAACCAUACUUCGAAGAAUUUUCAGACCAACCCCACAAAUUCUCUAGCUUAGCUUCUCAUUUCUCCCCUUAGUUUUCCGAGAAAAUCGUCACUACCAAACACCAUUGUCCGCUGUGGAUAUAAAAAUAUGUGAUAUAAAGAUUUGCCGUUUCGCCACACUUGUAGUUGUUUGCUUCCUUCGAAAACCUCAUCAAAAACCUGAUAUUUUCUUGUCUUUCAUUCCCAUCUUCUGUUACUCGACUCCUUAGUGGAAACCCAACCUUGAAAACGACAUUCUCGCUCAUUUCAGUUCAAUACGCCACCUGGGUUUUUUUGUUUCUUACUCUCCCUUAUCGGCUACCAAACUUUGACCGCAGAAUAUUUCUUUUGUUUUGAUUUGUUGUUUUUUCUCUUUCUUUCUGGGAGCAUUUUUAUGGUUUAGGAGCCGUGGUGGAGGUUUGAUUUUCUACAAUGGCGGACCCAGCUAAGGUACGAUUGGUUCGGUGCCCGAAGUGUGAGAAUCUUCUUCCGGAGCUAGCUAAUUAUUCUGUCUAUCAGUGUGGUGGUUGUGGAACCGUUCUUCGAGCAAAAAUUAAACGUCAAGAUGGGGAUAGUUUGUCAGAGAAGUCAGACGAGGAAAUGGUUGGUGGAGUUUCUGCAAAAUUGGAUAAUUGCUUGGAGAAUAGAGCAAUUGAUUUGUGUGAUGCUUCUAGUUCAGAAGUUAAGCUAAAUUCUGGUUCUUUGAGGCGUGACCAAAGUAACUGUAAGUUUGAAAAGGCUGCAGUUGAUGUUAAAACUGCGGAGACUUAUAAGAAUCAAUCUAAGGUUACAGCUGAUGAAUGGGUCGAUGAGAAUGGUCUUGAUAUGAAAAUAAAUAGAGAUGAAGUGGGCAAUGCCCUUGGAAAAGAACUCGGGGAUCAAAAUCCAGAACUUGGUCUGACGAGCGCAUUCGGAAGAUCAGGAAGGAUGACAGCUUGGAAAAUUGGAGAUAGGGGUCAAAGAGAAGACUUUGGAAGGAAUCCAACAGCUGAGGUUGAAGGGGUGAGGUUUUCGACUUCAAAUUAUCCUGAGGAGGGCCCAUCAAAUUACCAGCUGGGUGGUUCUCAUGGUCUUGGCGAAUCAUUGAAGAAACAUAGUGUCAUAGAUGGGUCUAGAGCUCCAUAUAUUGAACAAGAUCGAGCUGAGCUUUUGAAGAAGCUGGAUGAGCUGAGGGAUCAACUUAGUCGGUCUUGUGAUGUAGCUGAGAAGCCUAAAGUGAAGGUUCCUCUGGAGGGAGUGAUGGUCCCUCCAGAUGCUUAUGGUGGCUCUGAUGCUUGGUUGCCAGAUGGUUCGUCAGGAUCUAAAAGGGGUUUCAUGCAGUACGUUAGACCUGAUAAACAUGUUUCUGGAUCGCCUUAUUACAGUCACUAUGCUGAGCCAUUUCCUUAUAACAACGGGUAUGAAAUGCCUAAUCAAAGCCUUUAUCCUCCCAUGCAUUAUCAAAAUCAUGUUCCUGGAUAUGGGGAUCCUUUUGGAUCCCAAAUGGUGAGCGGAGGUUCACGUCACUUUCCUAGACAAUACCAGCAUCCUUCUCAUCCAUACUUUUCAGGACAGUAUAUGGACAACAAUCCGGAUCCUUUUGAGCCAUACUCGCACAAUGCAACAUUUCACCAGCCCUCUUGCACUUGUUUUCGCUGCUAUGAAAAGCACAAAAGGGUUUCAGCUCCUGUUCUACCCUCUACAUUCAGCAAUAAAAGGUUUGCUGAUGGCCCUAGCAAUCCAAUGUUGUUCCCCCAUGAAAACAAUGGAGUAAGUGGUCCAUCCGAUCCUAACAUAUCUAGGACAGGUAUGCAUACAAAUUUGCAUGCUGUACAAUCCCACACUAGGUGGCCAAGUGAUCUUAACCAUGAGAUGGGUUGUGUCCGUAAUCGUGCUCGAAGGGUGAUGUUAGCAUCUGGUUGUCGUCGUUUCCAUCCCCUUGGUGCUGGAGCUCCAUUUCUAACUUGUAGUAAUUGUUUCGAAGUUCUGAAACUGCCAAAUAAAGUACGGCUUCCGGGGACGACUCACCACAAAGUGAGGUGUGAGUCUUGUUCUACUGUAAUGAGUCUAGCUAUCAUCGAUAAGAAAAUUGUUCUUUCUACUGAUUUAGAAAAAGUUCAAAAUGUUACAGAGGAUAACAAUAGCUUCAAUGAGGCUGUUAACAACAGUACUUUAUAUUCACAUCGCCAUAUGAAGCGGACUUAUGCUAAUUUCUCUUCAGAUGAUUAUGAUAAUUCUGGAUAUGAUUUUCAAUCAAUGGAUAGAGAACCUGUUUCACUGCCCGUAGGUCCUUGUGGGAACUCAACCAAACCUCAAGAGAUGCAAAGCUUUCAUUCAUCAUCUCCUUGUACCUCUGAGGAUGAAAACAGCCCAGAACCUCCUAUUUGUACGAGAGAGGUUUCCAAUUCUGUUCAGCAUCCAAUCAAAACCACUUCACCGCCACCACCUGCUGGAUCUCCUCUGCAAGAGCAUUUUGACUACUCAGCUAACAGUCAUUUGGUGAAUCGACUUGGUAAAGGAAACCGGAGUAAUCGUUCAGACCAAGAGAAGGUGAAACCAAAUAAAAUCACCUCCCGGCAGAAUUCUUUGAAAGAAGCAUCACUGGCAACUGAGAUGGAGGUUUCAUUCAAUGAGUACUCUAAUACUGGGAUAUCUCAAGAUUCAGGGGAUGGAAGCAGGGGGGAUGAUCAGCCAAAAGCGAACAAGGGAGGCGAAUCUUUCUUUUCUAACAUUAAAAAGAGCUUUAGGGAUUUGUCAAGAGCUAAUCAAACCGAUGAUCGGGGAAAAUGCAGUGUUUCGGUGAAUGGGCACCCCAUAUUAGAUCGUGUACUAAAGAAGGCUGAAAAACAGGCUGGGCAUGUCCAUCCUGGACAAUAUUGGUACGAUUACAGGGCUGGAUUCUGGGGCAUUAUUGGUGGGCCUUGUCUUGGCAUAGUUCCUCCUUAUAUUGAAGAAUUUAAUCAUCCCAUGCCAGAGAACUGUGCUGCUGGUAACACUAGUGUUUUUGUAAACGGGAGAGAACUUCACCAAAAAGAUUUGGAUUUGCUUGCUAGUAGGGGGCUGCCUGCUAGUAGAGACAGAUCAUACAUCAUUGAGAUUUCUGGGAGAGUCCUGGAUGAGGACACAGGAGAAGAACUAGAUUGCCUUGGAAAACUAGCCCCCACUGUCGAGAGGGUAAAACACGGAUUUGGCAUGAAACCUCCAAAAGUAGCUCCUGUCUGAUCAACUUGAAGGGACCAUAAGCUAGAAGGGUAAAUUCUCAGUUCUUCCCAGCAUCAUACAUCAUCGGAUACAUAAAUUAUGCCUUAUUUGAGUACAAGCUUAGCCCCACAAUUGUGAAGAUUUUGCCUAAUUUAUUCAGGGUCAUCUGAUUGUUGUGUUGCAAAUCCUAAGUGAUGGGAUGUCAUGUUUUGCAAUUAUACAUGUCAACCAUUAUUUUUUUUAAUCUUUGUCUCUGGUUUCAGCUGACUCCGUUUUCUUCUAUAGGUUGUUUGGUUUGUAUCUUUUUUUAGUAUUAUUUUUUUCAGAUGUAUUAUUCAGAUCCUUAACUCUUAAUUGUAUAUGAACUUAGUAAUAGAAAAAUGGUGUGGAUUUUGUCCUGGUGCUUUUA